UCUCAUUCACACAUUCGACUUCGAAGUCAAAUAUCAAACACUUUGCCUAUUUCAAGCUUGUUCAAGCACGUCCUCGUCCGAAGAAAUUUUUAUAAAGAUCGAGAAUUCAUAAUGUCAGCCGUAAGGAAAAAACUGGUCAUUGUAGGGGAUGGCGCCUGCGGUAAAACCUGCCUCCUGUAUGUAUUUUCCAAAGAUGAAUUCCCCGAAACUCAUGUGCCAACAGUUUUUGACACCUAUGUCGCUGAUGUGGAAGUGGAUGGGAAAAUGAUGGAGCUAGCACUUUGGGAUACCGCUGGACAAGAAGAUUACGAUAGACUUCGACCUCUGUCCUACCCCGAUACUCACGUUGUCUUGAUGUGCUUUUCUGUUGAUAAUCCCGACAGUUUUGAGAACAUACCUGAAAAAUGGGCCCCUGAAAUAAGACAUUUCUGCCCAAAUGUACCAAUCAUUUUGGUCGGUAACAAGAAAGAUUUAAGACACAACGAAAAUGUGAAGAGAGAGCUGGCGAUUUAUAAACGAGUUCCGAUAUCGAGUGAGGAAGGAUCCGUUAUGUGUGAAAGAGUAAAAGCACAUGCCUACCUUGAAUGUUCUGCUAAAACAAGAGAGGGAGUAAGAGAUGUGUUCGAGACGGCUGCCAGGGCUGCACUCAAGACGAAACUAUACAAGCCUAAUAAACGAUUUCAAAGAUGUCGUAUAUUGUGAAAAUUCAGCGAGAUGGCGUUUGCAGCAGAGUGUAGCGUAGAAUGGAACCCAGGAUGCCCAAGAUAAAAACCUUAAGAAGAGCGGUUUCUCUUUCAGCUAAAAAUAAUCAGAACGGCACUGGUUGCAAAAAAUACUGACUGGAUUUUCUCAGCUAUCAUUCGACUUUAGCGAUGUUCUUCGGAUAUAGACAUAGUUUUAUUAAAACCAAUAAUAUUAAAAGAUGAAACUUAUUUUUAUGAACCAUUUUGGCACUCAAGUUAUUAAAAACAAUAAUAUUAAAAGAUGAAACUUAUUUUUAUGAACCAUUUUGGCACUCAAGUUUUGAUUUUAAUUCCUUUGCCAUCGCUUUGAAGAUUGCAGAUUUUUUUUCGGAACCUUCAUGUCAGUUGAGUCCCUUUUUUUCUCAGUCACAUGCUUAUUUGCUCAGGAGAGUCGCAUCGACUGCACAUCUUGAAAACUGUAGUCCAAAAUUUUUACGUUGGUCGUCUGCAAUCUAGGUUUCUACUGGAAGUCAAUCUUAGAGACUGGAGAGCUAAAUGCUUCCAGCUAGAAGCUAGAAAACAUACACGAUCAUGAAGUGGUCAAAAUUUUCGAAGGACUUCAAAGAAGAUCAUGCACAGAGAUCUAUUUUGAGAAAAAUGCAUUACCUUAAAAGAGAUAUUGUUUCAAUAGUUUAUUCUGAACAAUGCAAGCCAAGUCAGGUCAAAGUUAAAUUGAACUUUAACGAAUAUCUACAAUUAAAAUGACUGACUGCUGACACA